AAUUUGACCGUGUUUUACAAGGCACUUAGCUAUGUUUACAGUAAUUACUUUUCACGAAACACGGCAGUCAUUUCACGAGACAUGGUAUUUUAAUCGCUUUCAACAUUUCAUUUCUUACUCGGUCGAGGCGGCGAAAUGUUACGGACAAUUUUACUUUCAGUAGUAUUACCAACUAUGAUGACAGCCAAUCAAAAGGAGCCAUAUUUCGACCGUAUGCCACUCGACCCAACAAUGUACGCUAGAACUGGACCACCAUAUACCGAAAAAUUAGAAACUCAUACGAAAAAACAUGAUAUUCAGAAUUCUCAAGCAAACAAACCACAAAACAUAUCUCCUAACGAAUUCACAUUUACCGCAAAACCAAUAGAACCGGUUAAUCUAAAUCCGGUUACUCCCAAACCGGUUUCUAGAAAUGGAGACACAGAACAACGGAAAUCUGAUAAGACCAUACCCGCAUACAUCUUAAAAUCUGUGGAACUGAACAAUCAUGAUGUUAAUGAAAAUGAGGUAAUUAUAAAUGAUAUUUUUUCAAAUGUCAAACCAAAUCAGAUACACAGAAUACAGGUACCAAUAAUAAGCCCAGAAUCGGUUAGUCUGCCGAAGCAAAAUAUGUUAUCAUUUGUCCGUCAUGGACUUUUAAAAAAACGGUUACCUGUGUCUAACAAAAAAACGGUAAAUUACCCCACAAAGGAAUAUAAUUUACCGCUAACUUACAGACCACCGCUUAGCGGAUUAUCACUACCGAUAGAAAACAUAAAACCGGUAAUUCAACCAGUAAAGGAACUGCCGGCAUUACCCGACAAAUAUAACAAUUGCGAAAAACGGGUAUACCCGUUGCCAUUAUUAUCCCAAAAACCGUUUAGCAAAAACUUUCACAAAGAUAGAUUGCUAAAGGAAAAAUUGGUAUCAUUGCUUAUGUCAUCAAAAAAAGAUUUAGAAAAGCAAGUAAGGGACUUACAGUCUAUCCAUGAUACACUGAAGUCGGAAACGAUGUACAAGAUCGGAUAUCUCACGAGUCACAUGAACAAGAUGAAUACACAUAUAAAUAUGUUACAUAGAAGUGUUCAGGAUAAUCAGCAUAAUUGGGACGCGCUUCAAAUUUUGGAAGCAUAUGAAGAGGUAAUAAAGAACAACGACAGGGUUCGGGAACUUGUGAACGCGAUGCGGUCAUACCUCAGGGCUCGGAAGAAGCCGGUCGGAUCGCGCGUUGAGAAAAGCCCUUUAAUUAACAGCAUCAGCUGGGCAUACUACGACGACACCAUGCCUUGAAACAACC